UAAACCAAUGUUUUACGAUAUUGACUACGCCGCAUCCCGUAUGUUUUUAAGCUAUUUAUUUUAUAAACAAAAUUUUGCCUGAUAAGUGAUAUCAGUUAAAAAUACAUGUAUAUAAUAUUAUAAUUAAAAGAAUUCCGCCUAUGUCUCAUUAGCUUCAAAAAUACAAAAGCUUCAACGUCAUCAUGAAAAAAACACGAUCAGUAAGAUCUGCCUCCAUUAGUUCAGAUACCAGCUCAGAUUUAAAACACUCUUCGUCAAGUACUAUAAUCACCAUAAUUUUGCUUGGAAUUGCUUUAAGAGCUACUACUUCUUUAUAUGACUUUUCGGGAUAUAAAAAUCCCCCCAUGUUUGGGGACUAUGAAGCUCAAAGACAUUGGCAAGAAAUAACUAUAAAUACACCUAUAGAAGAGUGGUAUGUUAAUACAACAAAAAAUGAUUUAUUGUAUUGGGGCUUAGAUUAUCCACCUUUAACAGCUUAUCAUAGUUACAUAUUGGGAAAAGUUGCUCAGAAAUUUAAUCCAGCUUAUGUGGAGCUAAAUGAAUCUAGAGGAUUUUAUUCAGAUGAACACAAACUUUUUAUGAGAACAUCAGUGUUAAUUACUGAUUUACUAAUAUUUUUUCCUGCAGCUGUUCUUUUAAUAAAAUCAUUUAAAGAAUCUCCAAAGAGUGAUUUCUUAGGAUUAGUAUCACUUCUAUACUACCCGGGAUUAUUAUUAAUUGAUUAUGGACACUUUCAAUAUAACAAUAUCUCUUUGGGAUUAGCUAUAGCUGCAAUUGUUUCAAUAUUAAAGGACAAAGAUUUAUUAGCAUCUGUAUUAUUUUGCUUGGCUUUAAACUAUAAACAAAUGGAGUUAUAUCAUUCUUUGCCGUUCUUUUAUUAUCUUUUUCGAAAAUGUUUUGCUUUUCAAAAUUCUUGGAUUCCUUUUCGCUUUAUGUACUUUAUUAAACUUGCCAACAGUGUAAUACUAACGUUUGCAUUAUGUUGGAUUCCAUGGUUAUAUUCAAAUGAUCGCCUUAUGUCAGUUUUAACAAGAUUAUUUCCGUUUAAUCGUGGUAUAUUUGAAGAUAAAGUGUCAAAUUUUUGGUGCGUAUUGAAUAUAUUUGUAAAAGUUCGAGAAAUGUAUAAUGUAGAACAAAAUUUAUAUGCAUGCCUUGGGGCAACUGCUAUUUCUAUUUUACCAAGUAUGCUAACAUUAUUUUUUUAUCCUUCAAAACAAGGAUUCACGUAUGCAGUUUUAAAUUCAUCAUUGGGUUUCUUUUUAUUUUCAUAUCACGUUCACGAGAAAUCUAUUCUAUUAGCCGUAAUACCAGCAAUUAUUUUGAUAAAUAAAGAACCUCAAAUCGUUUUUUGGUUUCUUCAAACAGCUACAUUUAGUAUGAUACCCUUAAUUGUAAAAGAUAAUCUUCUAAUUGCAUUUUUGGGUUUGAAUAUUUUAUUCGAAUCAUUAUUCCGAAUUUUAAACGUCGACAACAAUAAAAGGAAGUCAGAGAGAAUUCUGAAAAACUUAAGAAUUUUAUCAUUAUUGGGCUGUGUAACUUUAACAAUUUUACAUAUUUUCGGACCAGUACCAGACAAAUUGCCACAUUUAUAUGAAUUAUUAAUUUCAUCAUAUUGUUGUGUACAUUUUAUAUUCUUUCUCUUAUAUUUUACUGUUAAACAAUUUUUGAUUAGAAAUGAAAAUUAAAUUGUAAAAUAUUUUAUAUUUUUAUUAAUAAAGUAAUAAAAAAUUCGA